GGGGCAGCGCCGACAUCAUAUCCGGGAAGAUUGCAACUCUCCAAACGGAAUUUGCACGGUGCACGCAUAGUUAUGAAUUUUCGCCAACUUUUGCCAACACAAUGCUUCAGGACAAGUGUUUACCGUUUACGCAUUUUGCGCCCUGCAUGCCGAGCAGAGAGACACUUCUGCACAUCAAACACAAAGAAUGAUGAGGUGCGUCUGGCAGAAGAAGCAAGCAAGAAAUAUGGAUCUCCAGCUCCAACUAUCUUUUCCAAAGUGAUUGACAAAAGUAUUCCUGCAGAUAUCAUUUAUGAAGAUGAUAAGUGUUUAGCCUUCAGAGAUAUCAGUGCACAAGCUCCUGUGCAUUUCCUGGUUAUUCCCAGGGUCCCUAUCCCAAAAAUCAGUGAGGCCAAAGAUGAUGAUGCUGAGCUGUUAGGUCAUCUCCUAGUGGUUGCAAAAAAACGUGGCGAAGAAAGAGGCAUUGCAGAAGGUUACAGAGUGGUGAUCAACGAUGGGAAGCAUGGUGCCCAGUCUGUAUACCACCUCCACAUCCACGUCCUGGGAGGCAGACAGCUGAACUGGCCGCCAGGCUAACAGAUGGACUUCCUGUCUUAGCGGGGUUAGUUUCAUGUUAACCUUAAAGAGCAACUGUCCCAAAAAAACAACUUCUCAUUUAGAAAACAGCCUAUGUGGCAUCGAUAUGAGUCGAAACAUUUAUUCUACUAUCAAAAUUGACUACAAUGUGUAAAUAAGAUAAUUUUGGUCAUAAAGUCAGUCUCGUCCAAAAAUAGUUUUGUGAGACUUGUGGUCGGGACUGCAUCACAACGUAUAUUAAGGUUGGGUUUGUUUCAGUCCAGCCCAAAUUCCCACAUCUGGCAGCACCCAUUAAGUAAUCAUCAAUUUGGAACUUAAUGCCCAUGGUCAAUUUGGGUUUACUUUGGAUAUCCCUAUGGGGCUAGUUACGGACCAUUGGUAAAUUACACAUUGUACAUGGGACAAUAUGUUAAAUUCCGAUAGCUCCAAAUGUCAAUGACUUCACCUCAAACCAACUAUAAAUUGUAGAAAUUCAUAUACAAAUAUUGAAAGCAUUUAAUUAGAAAACUAAAAGGUGUGCAACAUGAAAAUAUUGUCAUUUACAUUGUGUAAUUUAUUGACAGUUCCUAACUUGCCCCGGAGGUAGGCUAUCCAAAGUCGAGCAAACAUUGCCAUAGUCGCACACCAGCUGGCUUAAACUAAUUGGCUAACUCUUAAAAAAACCAAAACAUUUUUAGUCAUUUUAGCAGACGCUCUUAUCCAGAGCGACUUACAGUUAGUGAAUACAUAUUUU